AUGAUGGAGAGGCUGCAGCAGCUAGAGACAGAAGUGGAGAGAGAGAGGAUGCUAGUUGAUGCUUAUCAGAAGAUACUGGAGAGAAACGAUGAAGAUGACAGUGAAGACGACGGUGACCGUCAGUGGAGAGACCGCAAGCUGGUGGACGAUCUGCUGAAGCAGGUGGAGGAGCAGGAGGAGAAGCUGCUCGUUUCUGAACACAAAAUCGCCUGUCAGGAGGAGAAGGUGCAGCAGCUAGAGACAGAAGUGGAGAGAGAGACGAUGCGAGCUGAUACUCUGCAGAAGAUACUGGAGAGAAACGAUGAAGACGAUGGAGACGAUGGAGACGAUAAAGACGAUGAAGACGAUAAAGACGAUGAAGACGAUGAGGACAGUGACUUCUUUAAGCAGGUCUGUGAAGCAGCGGAAAUGGUGGGAGAAAAGACGCUCACUCUUUACACGGAGCUGGAGGAUUUGAUUGAACAGAUCCUAAAGACACAGCAGCCGUCCGAGACGAAGAGGAAGCAGUGGCACGGGUUACAGCCUCUCCUGUUUGAGUUGAUAACCGAGUUCGUCGCCACACGGCUAAAAGAGGAGAAGGCCAUGAUAGAGGAGGAGAGUUAAAAGAA